AUGCCUCCACGACACCUUGCCAAUACCAUUUGGGCGCUGGCUCGGCUGUCUUGCAACGAAGGGCCGCUCAUCAAGGACAUUGGCGCCGCGGCCGUUGCACGCUUGACCGAAUUCAAGCCCCAGGAGCUUGCAAGCACUGUGUGGGGUCAGGCCGCGUCGCGUUCCAGCGGCGCCCCGCCAAUUCAGACUACAGCGGCAGAAGCGGCGUGCCGCAUGUCAGGCCUCGACCCGCAGGGCACCUCGGGCACCGCCUGGGCCUUCACACAGCUCGGCCUCGCCGGCGCGGCCCCGUUCGCCGCCCUUGCCGCGGCGGCCGCGGCGCGGCAGCGGGAGCUAGGAGCCCAGGAGGCUUCCAACAUCGCGCGGGGGUGCGGCAAGUUGCGGCACCAACGGAGCAGCUUGGUGGACGCGCUGGCUGAGCGGGGUGUGCAGAUCGUGCACGAGUUUAUCAGUCAGCACCUGUCGAACACCUUGCGGUGGCUGGCGCGGCUUCAGAGUCGCCAGCCCGCCCUUGUGGCCGCCAUCACGCAGCAGGCGAUGUGCAAGAUGGCCAUCCUAACGCCGCAGGACCUGUGCAGCGCUGCAUGGUGGUUGGCCAUCCUCGAGUUGCAGGAGCUGCCGCUUCUGGAUGCGGCUGCUGCCACCGCCACGGCCAAGAUCAAGGCGUGCGGGGCGCAGGGUGUUGCCAACCUGGUGCGGUGUCGCGGAACUUUGCUGCACGUGAGCCGUGCUUUGACUGAUGUGAUCAUAGAAGAAUGCUUGGAGACCUGCCUGCGCCCGGGCGCGGCCUGGAGCGUCUUCAAGCCUCAGGAGAAGGCCAACACGGCCUGA